UCCCUUUACUCCCUUCCAGCAGCCCAGGCCUCUGGUUGGGAUGCUGCUCCCCAGACUGCUGCCCCUGCUCUGGACCUGUGACUGGGUAUCUGGAAUCUGCCUCCAUCCCUCUAGAGAAUCCACAGAUGCACAUCUGAAAUGGCAACUUGUGACAGUGCAGGAGGGUCUGUGUGUCUCCGUGCCUUGCAUAGUUCUUAAGUACUCCAGGAACCUGGACUUACACCCUGUCUUUGGCUACUGGUUCCAUGAAGGGAAGAAUGCAGACCAUGAUUCUCCAGUGGCUACAAAUAACCCAAAUCGACAAGUGCAGAAGGACACUCAGAACCGAUUCCACCUCUUGGGAGACCCGAGUGUCUGUGAUUGCUCCCUGGACAUCAGAGAUGCACGGAAGAGUGACAGCGGUUCUUACUUCUUCACACUGGAAAAAGAGAGUCUGGAAUGGAAUUACUAUACAAAUCUGCUCUUUGUGCAAGUGACAGACCUCACUCACAUCCCCAACAUCGACAUCCCACAGACUCUAAAGCUUGGCCAGCCUACCAAUGUGACGUGCUCUGUGCCCUGGGCCUGUGAGCGGGGGACACCCCCCAUCUUCUCCUGGAUGUCAUCUGCCCUCACAUCCCUGGGCCCUAGGACCACCCUCUCCUCUGUGCUGACCCUCACACCUAGGCUCCAGGACGAUGGCACCAACCUCACCUGUCAAGUGGCUUUUCCUGGAGCUGGUGUGACUGUUCAAAAGACUAUCCUGAUCAUUGUCACCUGGAAAGCAGGACCCCUGGCAGAAGUAGUUCUGGUAGCCAUUGGAGAGGCAGCUAUCAAAUUCCUGCUUCUUGGGAUCUGCUUCCUCUUCCUCAGACACUUCAGUCCUCCAUAAAGUCUAUUCGUUGGACUACCCAAGAGAGCCAGCUGACCUCUGAAUCCACUACCAGUUUCCCAUUUGUUUGAGUCUGCUGGUACUCUCUGGGUCAGGCACUAGCCAAAGGGCACUGAAACCAACUUGGAAAAGAUGCUACAAGGUGAUUAUCUCCAUUCUUAUGGCUGUGAAGAUAGCUGGCAUUACAUCAUGGAUCUACCACACCCCGGUCAAGAAAGUGGAAGCCAUGGAUGAUGAUGCCAAAUGGACUGUCUCCAGACUAUGGACCCAUUAAAAUUAAGGUUUAUCUGGCUCCAGGCCCUUCCACUCCCUGACCCUCUACCUCCUUUUGUGUCUUAUGUUUUGUUCUAAGGGUAUGAAUAUAGGGUUAUG